AUGAAUUGCGGUGAAUCAGGAGCCUUUGUCACCUCCUGUGCCGUUGCGUACUGGAUCACAGCAUGGGGGUGUGCCCUUCGCAGACCGCAAAGCACGGGACAGGCCUUGGGCUUUGGGCACCCUACGUCUGCGACCGUGUCCAUGUUUUCAUGUCGUAUGUGUUCCGAGAAUCCCUUCAACGCCAUGUUUGGGGAGCAGGGCAAAGCCGACAAGGAGAAAAAGAAGAAGGACAAGCGCCGAACCUCUAAGAGGAAUGAGGGAUCCUUUCAUCCUCGGACUGAUGAUGAGGUUGCGUCUGCGGUCAGCCGCUGGAUAAGGCACGCCCAUCCACGGGCCAACGACUUCUUCACCUCUCAGCAGCAGCUACAUGACGUCCUGACACAGUUGGCGAAGGGCAUCGACAGAGAAGAUGACCCCAUUCUAGGUGGCGAUGAGAAGUGUGUCUAUUGGUACGGAGAUGUAACAAAAGAAGAUCUGCAGGCGGCCAUUCGGAUGGUGAAACCAGGCUGCAUGGCUGAAGCGGGCAUGUAG